AUGAGAACCCUGAGUGUUUGCAUCUUGCCACUGUUGGCUUCCCUGGCCAUGGGGCUUUGCCCCCAACCUGCCGAGCUUAAAGACCGUGACGGUAACAGGGUGUGCGCCCGACUGUAUUCGGAUGACAGCCCAUAUUACGAUGAGUGCUGUGCUGGAGAUUCCUUGGAAGUCAUGCCAGGAGAAGAUGUGCCUUAUAUACUACUAAAGUGGAACAACCGCAUCUCCUCAUUGGUGGUGGGCACCCGAUGUGAACUCACUGUAUGGUCCAAAAGACCGAAGGAUGGAUACACUAAGAAGUUUAACAGUGGGGUUCAGCCACGACUGUCGGAGGUCAAGAAAGGUCUCUUGGGAGACUGGGAUAAUUCCAUCUCUUCCUACUACUGCAAAUGUAACUAAGACGGAGAAAGAGAAGACUGACUAUCCUUGGGUCUCCUGAAAUAUUGAGAAGAUGGAAUGACUAAAGGCUCCUCUUCCCAAAUGAUCAUUUCUUAAGAGGCCAGACCUUCUUAUCCUGCCAUUAAAGUCUGCA